UCCUUUCUCUGCAGUCCUUCCUCUUGCCAUUGACACCUCCGUGCAGCAGGGGGCGCUGUAAUAUUCGCAGUGAGCUGCGGUGCGUGCUGUGUUCCAGGCGGGCAGAUCUCUGGGCCGCGGUGCUGUGUGCCGCUCGGUGUUCGCCAUGUUCCGGAAAGUGCGGCGGGUAAACGUGAGGAAGCGGAAUGAUUCGGAGGAAGAGGAGCGGGAACAUGACGAGCCUAUGGCGGUGGAGCAGCCGGGGAGUGUUACCGCCGAGCCGGCUGUCAUUCCGGGCCUCCUGCAGCACGACGGCGGCCUAAAGCCACGGAAAGAAGCCAAGGAGGUCGGCCCCGGAAUAGCCAAGCCUGUGGCCCUGCUCAGCUUCCAGGACGACGAGGACGAGGUGGAGACUUUUAAAGUGAAGAAACCAAAUCACAGCAAGAAAAUAGUGAAGCUGCUUAAAAAAGAAUAUAAAGAAGAUCUGGAAAAAUUUAGACCUAGAUCUGAUAUUAACUUCGCACUAGAUGCAGGUGAUCUACAGUCUGUAAGGAAUGCAACCACCAAAGAUAAUGCCCAGGAAGAGGCGACUGCUGGUAGUGACCUGGGCGAGGAGGAGAUGGAAGUAGAAAGUGAAAAAGAAGACGAGAAACCCAAAGCUGGCUCUUUCACCAACUCUCUGUCCUCCUUAAAUGUGUUACGUCCAGGGGAAAUUCCCGAUGCAGCUUUCAUCCACGCUGCUCGGAAGAAGAGGCAAAUGGCUCGUGAGCUCGGAGACAUCCCAUCCAUUGAUUUGGAUGGAGGGAAAAGCAGACUAGUCCGAGAAGAUGAGAAUGAUGCCAGUGACGAUGACGAUGAUGAUGAAAAGCGUCGCAUUGUCUUCUCAGUCCGAGAGAAAUCGCAAAGACAGAAGAUUGCUGAGGAAAUUGGUAUUGAGGGCAGUGAUGAUGACGCUCUGGCAACCGGGGAGCAGGAUGAAGAGAUCAGCCGCUGGGAACAAGAACAGAUAAGGAAGGGCAUUAGCAUACCCCAGGUUCAAGCCCCACAGCCUGCAGAAGCCAAUAAUUUGUUCUACCCCAGCACUUACCAAGGAAUACCCUACAAUUCUGCCUACAACAUCCCUUAUACUUAUGCUGCCUAUGGAGCUGCUGACACAAAAUUUCAGAAACCAGAUAAUUCUGUCACUUACAAAACUCCCAGUAAUGAGAUGACUCCUGUAACUAUUGAUUUGGUAAAGAAACAGCUUAAAGACAGGCUCAGUGCAAUGGAGGACGUACACAAAGCAAACCUGGAACUUUAUGAGAAGCACGAGAAAAGCCAAGAAGACUCCAACAAUGCAAUUAUCCGAUUAGAAGGGUGCUCGGGGGGGAAUGGUGAACGGUAUAAGUUUUUGCAAGAAAUGCGAGGGUAUGUCCAAGACUUGCUUGAGUGUUUCCGUGAAAAGGUUCCUCUGAUAAAUGAGCUUGAAUCCGCAAUGCACCAGCUGUACAAACAGCGAGCUGCCCGCCUUGUCCAAAGACGACAAGAUGAUAUAAAAGAUGAAUCUUCGGAGUUUUCGAGCCAUUCAAGUAAAGCUGUAAUGGCACCAAAUCUAGACUCUUUUGGGCGAGAUCGAGCAACUUAUCAGGAGCAUGCAAAGCAGCGGAGGAUAGCAGAGAGAGAAGCUAGAAGAGCACGGAGGCGACAAGCUCGUGAAGUUUCUGGCAAGAUGGCCGAGCAUCUUGAAGGCCUUUCAAGCGAUGAUGAAGAGACCUCCACAGACAUCACAAAUUUUAACAUGGAGAAAGAUCGAAUUUUAAAAGAAUCCAGCAAAGUUUUUGAAGACACCCUGGAGAAUUUUCAUUCUUUUGACUGUAUCAAAUUUCAGUUUGACACCUGGCGUUCGUCUUAUUAUAAUACAUAUAAAGAUGCAUACAUUGGGCUUUGUUUACCAAAACUCUUAAAUCCUCUUACACGUCUCCAGCUCUUGUCUUGGAACCCUCUGGAGCCCAAAUGUUGUGACUUUGAAAGAAUGGUCUGGUUUGAGUCUCUGCUCUUUUAUGGCUGUGAAGAAAAAGAAUUUGACAAAGAUGAUGCAGACAUUAUGCUCUUGCCUUCCCUAGUGGAAAAGGUUAUUCUUCCCAGACUAGCAGUUAUGGCAGAGAACGUAUGGGACCCUUUUUCUACGACGCAGACAAACAGGCUGGCAGCGGUGUUUCAGAAACUAAUAAAUGGAUACCCGACAGUCGUAAAUUCAGACAACAAAAACACAGAGGCACUACUGAAAGCACUAUUGAUGAGAAUGAGGAGAACGUUGGACGAUGAUGUGUUUAUGCCUCUCUAUCCCAAAAAUGUGAUUGAAAAUAAGAACUCGGGACCCUGCGUGUUCUUCCAGCGUCAGUUCUGGUCAUCUGUAAAGUUACUAGGAAACUUUUUGAAGUGGUAUGGAGUCCUUUCCAAUAAGAGCUUACAGGAGCUGGCAAUAGACGGACUGCUAAAUAGAUACAUCCUUAUGGCUUUUCAGAAUAACGAGAACGGAGAAGACAGUAUUAAGAAAGCGCAGAGUGUUAUUGCAUGUUUUCCAAAGCAAUGGUUCUCAGGCCUUAAAGGAGGUAAAACCGUUCCACAACUAGAGAACUUUGCCCGGUAUCUCACUCAUCUGGCCGGUGUCAUCUACAGGCAGAAUAUAGGUUGCUCAGACAUAGAGAAGCGAAAUGCAAGAGACCAAAUCCGACAGAUAGUAAAAUUGCUGGCGAGUAUCCACUCCCUGGAAUAUGCGGUGUCUGUGGCGAACGAUUACAAUGUGAAGGACGUCAAGGCUCCAGUGGAGGCAAAAUAAAGCGUCCGGGUGCCCCUCGCCCCCUACGUGUUCUGCUUUGUACAUAGUCUGUAAAAAGUCUAAAGCUGUAUAAAGUGUUUUGUUUUUAACGUAACAGUCAACAUAAUAUGAAUUAACUGUAAUAUAUCGUCCCAAUUCUGUGUAUAUAACAUUCGAAUACUGGUGGCUGGGGCAUGAUGACGCGUCGCUUCUAUGUCUGGAGAAAUGGUGAGCAGCUAGUGAUACGCGCUGAGAUGUUUUUUUUUAGCAAUAUGAAGCUUUUAAGAGACCAAACAGGGUCUGAUAGGUUCUCAUAUUUAAAGGGUUACUCCGGCCCUAGACAUCUUAUCCCCUAUCCAAAGGAUGGAGGAUAAGAUGUCUGAUCGCAGGGGGGCCCGCCGCUAGGGACCCCUGCAAUCUCUCCUGUAGCACCCACUUGUCGUCAGCCUCAUGGAGCGAAGAUCGCUCAGUGUCUGACUCACGAUACAGGGGCUGGAGUAUCGUAUUGUCACGGCUCUGCCUCCUCGUGACGACAUGCCCCACCCCCUCAAUGCAAGUCUAUGGGAGGGGUCGGGACUAGACAUCACGAGGGGGCAGAGCCGUGAUGACAUGAUACUCCAGCCCCUGUAUAGUGAGCAUUCUUCGCUCCUUGAGGCUGCUAAGUGGGGGGCUGCACUCUGUGAGGCUGCUAAGUGGGGGGCUGCACUCUGUGAGGCUGCUAAGUGGGGGCUGCACUCUGUGAGGCUGCUAAGUGGGGGCUGCACUCUGUGAGGCUGCUAAGUGGGGGCUGCACUCUGUGAGGCUGCUAAGUGGGGGCUGCACUCUG